AGUAGCUCUCAGUGGCUUGCACUUCGAUGCUUUCCUCGCUCCGCUCCAUGUCCAUCCAUUCCUUCCUAUAACCCUUGACCUUACCGAUCGAUCAUCGCCUUUUAUCUUUCGCAAUACCCGGGACUGGAUCCCCUCCUCGUACUGGUAUCUGCUCGAUCGCUUUUUUUUUGCGCUUCCGUGGUCGCCAGUUUCUGUUUCCACGACGGCCGACUUCCUUGCUCAUCACACCGGUGGAGGGUUUCUUCCCUUCUUUAUACUUUCGCCAACCUUCAGACUAGCCAUCGGCCAAGACGGUGUCUAGCAUUCCAACACACAGCAGGGCUUGGUGUUCACACCUGCGACCUAUACCGCUCGCACAAGCGUCUAGGAUCGAGCUUGGCAGAUAUUUCGCCCUGCAGUAAUGGGUCAGUCGCAUUCCAAGGGCAACUCUGGCCCGGGCGACUCUCUGCAGUCGUACCCGUCUUUUUCCCGCUCCGACACCAAAGAAUCGCUCCGAUCGCUCCGAGGCUCCAUUCGAUCCAAGAUCCGUAGCAGUGAUAGUCCCCGCGCAUCGACAUCUGCGUUGUCUCAAACGGAAAGCCAGACCGAUAGAUCGGAUGCAGGAUCAAUCAAGUCGACAACAAGCAGACGCAGUUCCACCAACCCAGGCGCACAAUCUCCCGCCCCCGAUGAAUCUGCUGCGAGUACCGAUGCUCCAGAGCCUCCCCCUUCGCCAUCCUUGUCGAGCAGUCUGCAGCGAGGACAUAAAGAUGUGACUGCUAUGCAACAGAGCGGCGAGGUCGACCUCGUCUCCGACGCUCCUCCGACCGGUGUUGGUGUCGCGCCUAUUGGCCCAUCCACACAGACCGUGGGUGAAUCUAUCCUCAUCAAACGGGAGAACCAGCUGAACCCCAUUCUGGACUACAUCAUGAACACCCCGAUGGAAGCAUCUGGGUCCCCUGGUAUGGGAAUGGGCGCUCUGAAAUCAAUCGACUUGGACGACAUGAUAUCUCGCCUGCUUGAUGCUGGCUACUCGACCAAAGUCACCAAGACUGUUUGCCUGAAGAACGCAGAGAUCACGGCUAUCUGUACCGCCGCGCGGGAGCUGUUUCUCUCUCAGCCAGCCCUGUUGGAGUUGUCAGCUCCUGUCAAGAUUGUCGGGGAUGUUCACGGCCAGUACACGGAUCUGAUCAGACUGUUUGAGAUGUGCGGUUUCCCUCCUGCUUCGAACUAUCUCUUCUUGGGCGACUAUGUGGACCGUGGAAAGCAGAGCUUGGAGACGAUCUUGCUUCUGCUGUGCUAUAAACUGAAGUAUCCUGAGAAUUUCUUCCUCCUGCGUGGCAACCACGAAUGUGCCAACGUGACCCGUGUUUACGGGUUCUAUGAUGAAUGUAAACGUCGUUGCAACAUCAAGAUCUGGAAGACAUUUGUCGAUUGCUUCAACACGCUCCCAAUCGCCGCAAUUGUGGCGGGCAAGAUUUUCUGUGUGCAUGGUGGGCUGUCUCCUAGCCUCUCGCAUAUGGAUGACAUUCGAGGCAUCGCGCGUCCCACUGACGUGCCGGACUACGGGCUGCUGAAUGAUCUUCUGUGGAGUGAUCCUGCGGAUAUGGAGGAGGACUGGGAGCCCAACGAGCGUGGUGUGAGUUACUGCUUUGGUAAAAAGGUGAUCAUGGACUUUUUGCAACGGCAUGAUUUCGACUUGGUUUGUAGAGCCCACAUGGUCGUCGAGGACGGCUAUGAGUUCUACCAAGAUCGUGUUCUCGUCACUGUUUUUUCUGCUCCCAACUAUUGCGGUGAAUUUGAUAACUGGGGUGCUAUCAUGUCCGUUUCGGGCGAAUUGCUGUGUAGUUUUGAGCUCUUGAAGCCGCUGGAUUCCACCGCCUUGAAGAACCACAUUAAGAAGGGUCGGAACAAGCGGAACAGCAUGCUGAGCAGUCCUCCUGCACCUGUCUCGGCGCAAAGCUAUUAGAUGUCUUGGUGAUUACAUGCCAAGUAAUCGUCAUCCGCCAU